GAGAGAGAGAGAGAGAGAGAGAGAGAGAGAGAGAGAAGAUCCAUAAACCCGUUUAAAUUGAUACUUUUCUGUUUUAUUUCCGGUCAGUUUUUUUUAUCUCGGUCGUCUUCACUGAGUUUCGCUCCUCACUGCUGUGUUUACUCUGAAAGUUUACGACGGAAGUUCUGGACGUUUGGCUUUGGCUGAAGCGCUUCGUAGCCUGUUUUAAAACCGGGUCGAACCGGACCGGUGGUCAGUGAGGAUGUCCGUGCUCGCUGGGCUGUGCCUGGUCAGCCUGCUGGACUUCACUCUGUGCUCGUGGCCGUGGCUGAAGCCGAACCAGGUGGAUGAAGGUCAGACCAAAAGACCCAAACAGCCCCCCCACAUCAUCUUCAUCCUCACUGAUGACCAGGGAUUUAAUGAUAUAGGAUACCACAGCACUGACCUCAGGACCCCCACACUGGACAGGCUGGCCGCAGAGGGGGUCCGGCUGGAGAACUACUAUGUCCAGCCCCUCUGUACACCCUCCAGGAGCCAGCUCAUCACGGGCAGGUAUCAGAUCCACACUGGUCUUCAGCACUCCAUCAUCAGGCCUCGGCAACCUAGCUGUCUUCCCAGGAACCUGGUGACUUUGCCACAACGGCUACAGGAGGCGGGUUACUCCACCCACAUGGUGGGCAAGUGGCAUCUGGGCUUCUACCGGAAAGACUGUCUACCGACACGCCGAGGUUUCAACACCUACUUUGGCUCCUUAACUGGAAGCGUGGAUUAUUAUACCUAUGGCUCCUGCGAUGGCAAGUCUGUGUGUGGCUUUGACCUCCAUGAUGGUGAAUCAGUGGCAUGGGGGAGAGCCGGGAAAUACUCCACUCACCUCUACACCCAGAGGGUGCGGAAAAUCCUGGCCACACACCAGCCGGACCAUCAGCCGCUCUUCAUAUUCGUAUCUCUGCAGGCGGUUCACACACCUUUGAAACCACCCAAGUCCUACAUCUACCCUUACAGAUCCAUGGGCAACGUUCCUCGCAGGAAAUACGCCGCUAUGGUGUCCAUCGUGGAUGAAGCCGUGCAUAACAUCACCUACGCCCUUCGUAAGUAUGGCUACUACCGCAACAGCAUCAUAAUCUUCUCCACUGAUAACGGAGCCCAGCCAUUUACAGGGGGCAGCAAUUGGCCUCUGCGAGGGCGCAAAGGCACCUACUGGGAAGGAGGAAUCCGGGCUGUGGGAUUCGUCCACAGCCCCUUAUUACGGUACAAACGGAGGGUAAGCAAGGCUCUACUCCACAUCACUGACUGGUACCCAACCUUGGUACGGCUUGCUGGAGGCAACACCUCCCAGGACCACGGGCUUGACGGGUACGAUAUCUGGCCUGUGCUUAGUGAGAACAAAGAAUCUCCCCGGAUGGAGAUUUUACACAAUAUUGACCCUCUCCACCGGCGAGGACUCGGAUCCUGGCAAGCAGGUCAAGGUCUGUGGGACACGGCUGUGCAAGCAGCUGUCAGAGUUGGAGACUGGAAGCUUCUGACAGGUGACCCAGGCCACGGAGACUGGGUUCCUCCCCAGGUUUUGACCAAUUUCCCCGGUGGCUGGUGGAACCUGGAGCGCGGAACUGGAGAAGGGAAGAAAUCUGUGUGGCUCUUCAACAUCACGGCUGACCCCUGUGAGAGGAAUGACCUGGCUGAGCAGAGGCCUGGUGUGGUCAGGAAACUGCUGGCACGCCUGGUGUCCUACAACCGGACGGCCAUACCUGUCUGCUACCCGCCAGACGACCCUCGUGCCAACCCCGAUGUAAACGGUGGAGCUUGGGUACCCUGGGUGGGCGAUGAGGAGCAGGAGGACAACUGGAAUGGCGUUUAUUACAAGAGGGGGAGGAACCGCAAGAGGAAAAAGUGCAGGCUCUGCAAAAUACGAUCCUUCUUCAAGAAGUUAAAUUCGAGGAUCAUGUCGAACAGGAUAUGAGGCACUGACGUAUCCGCCUGGAUAUUGUUUAGCACCAAAAAUUUACAAACCGGCACGGGAUCUGCGGUUAGCUAACUGUGCACGGUGCAGUAGAACCAUCCGGUGGGAUGGCUAAGUGAUAUAGAUAUUCACUGAUUAGUUUUAAGCUUAUUUACACUUGUCUUAAAAAUAAAGAGGAUCAGUGGGUGAUGCCAUAUAAUAAACACUUUUGGUUCCCUAAAGAACCUUUUAAAAGAGAGAUGUUUGUAUAGUUGUGAAGUUCAAAAAUCCUCCAAGUAAUGUAAAGGUUCCUGGCCGAGUCAUUAAAUUGCCACACUCUUAGCUAAAUUGGUUCUAUAUGGUAUCAGAAAUAGGUUCUGUGACUGGUAGCCAUAGCAGAACCCUUACUGGUGAUAAAUAGAACAGUUCUCUCUGUCAUAGAGAAGAAUAAUUUAAAAUGGCUCAGUCAAGCCUUAGUAAGGGGUUUGCUAUUGCUAUAAGUCAUAGAACCUUUUGUGGUACCACGCAGAGCCGUUUUUGCUCAGACCAAUUGAAGGGUACCAAAAUUAUUUCUGUGUCUUGUAACAAUAUCAGAACCCUAACUGAACCAUUUUAUAUAGUUCUUUAAGGAACAUAUCAAACCAUGCAGAGAACUUUUAAAGCAUUGUCACAGCGCUAUAAAUAAUGACUGCCUUUACUAAAGAACCCGUGAAUGCCUUUAGGAAGGGUGUAUAGAGCCUUUACACGACAUGAAGGUUUAAAGGGUUCUUUUUUAAACAUGGUUGUUGUUUUUUUAGGGAACCAAAAGUGGUUCUUCUGUGCCAUCACUCAAAGAACCCUUUCUAGCGCCUACAUCCCAGUGAUGACAACUGUGACAUACACAGAUCAGGCACAACAUUCUGACCACCUCCUCGUUUCUACGCUCACUGUCCACUUUAUCAGCUCCACUUACUGUAUAGCUGCACUCUGUAGUUCUACAGUUACA